GGUCCUGCUGGCGCGGCCCGGCGUCCCGCUGCCUCCCGGGCGCGGUGGGGGCCAGGCUGCGGGGGAGGCGCUGACCCCGGGAGCGGGCGGAGGAAGAGGAGGAGGAGCAGCCGCAGCUUUGGCCCUUCGGCAAGGAUGGCCUUUGUAUAGUUGGGAAAUCGAAGCAGAGAAGUUUAGUGCCUUCUCCAAGGUUACCUGGGAAUCAGCUGAAGAAGCCCUGGCAGAAUUCAAUUACUAAAUCAGUGUCUUUCUACUCACUGAAUUGUACAGCCGUGCUCUUCCUUACAUCACUGGAUAGAACGCGAUGUGAUGUUUGGGCUCCACUCCUUCCCCCAUAGAGCUAACUGCAGGCCACAGAGGAAGCUGGGAAGUGAUCUGUGGCCCCCACAGUGCUUGUGCAGGUGAUACAAGUUACUUUUUUGUUCACACUGAAGAUGCUAGAUGUGGGGAAGUGGCCAAUUUUUGCUCUUUGUUCUCCAGAGGAACUGAAGUUAAUUCGUCAGGCUUGUGUCUUCGGCAGUGCUGGAAAUGAAGUUUUGUAUGCUACUGAAAAUGAUGAGGUUUUUGUGCUGGGUACCAACUGCAGUGGUUGCUUGGGAACGGGUGACGUCCAGAACACCAUUGAACCACGGCGAAUAGACAGUCUGUGUGGCAAAAAGAUAACUUGCCUGAGCUAUGGAAGUGGCCCUCACGUCGUCGUUGCUACAGCCGAAGGAGAGGUGUAUACAUGGGGUCAUAAUGCUUAUAGUCAGCUAGGCAAUGGGACAACCAACCAUGGCUUAAUUCCCUGCCAUGUCUCCACUAACUUAGUGAACAAGAAAGUUGUCGAAGUCGCCUGUGGCUCUCACCAUUCCUUAGUGUUAACCUCUGAUGGAGAGGUGUAUGCCUGGGGUUAUAAUAACUCUGGGCAAGUUGGGUCUGGCUCAACAGCCAAUCAGCCAAUUCCUCGAAGAGUCACCAGCUGCUUACAAAAUAAGAUCGCUACUAAUAUAGCUUGUGGCCAGAUGUGCUCAAUGGCUGUAGUGGAAAGUGGAGAGGUCUAUGUCUGGGGUUACAACGGCAACGGACAGCUUGGAUUGGGCAGCAGUGGCAAUCAGCCCACCCCCUGCAGGAUAGCAGCCCUGCAAGGCAUUCGAGUCCAGCGGGUGACGUGUGGCUAUGCACAUACGUUAGUGCUGACAGAUGAAGGUCAGCUAUAUGCCUGGGGAGCCAAUUCUUACGGACAGCUAGGCACCGGCAAUAAAAGUAACCAGUCUUACCCCAUACCAGUUCCCGUGGAAAAGGACAGAAUUAUAGAGAUUGCAGCGUGUCAUUCUGCCCACACGUCCGCAGCCAAGACCCAGAGCGGCCACGUGUACAUGUGGGGCCAGUGCCGGGGUCAGUCGGUGACCCUUCCUCACCUCACCCACUUCUCCUGCACGGACGACGUGUUCGCCUGCUUCGCCACUCCUGCCGUGACCUGGCGCCUCCUCUCCGUAGACCCCGAUGAUCACCUCACCGUAGCCCAGUCCCUGAAGAAGGAGUUUGACAACCCCGACACUGCGGAUUUGAAAUUCCUAGUGGACGGAAAAUAUAUUUAUGUUCAUAAAGUCCUUCUUAAAAUUAGGUGUGAACAUUUUCGUUCUGUCCUGAAUAACAAUGAGGAUGAAAUCAUAGAAAUGGGUGAAUUUUCAUACCCUGUUUAUCGAGCCUUCCUGGAAUACCUGUACACAGACAGCAUCAGCCUCUCUCCCGAGGAUGCAAUAGGCCUGCUGGACCUUGCUACCUUUUACAGAGAAAAUAGGUUGAAAAAGCUCUGUCAGGAAACCAUCAAGCAAGGGAUCUGUGAAGAGAACGCCAUCGCCCUGCUGUCCGCUGCCGUGAAGUACGAAGCUCAGGAUCUAGAAGAAUUCUGCUUCAGAUUUUGCAUAAACCACUUGACGGUAGUGACACAAACUUCAGGCUUUGCGGAAAUGGACCACGAUCUCUUGAAAAACUUCAUCAGCAAAGCAAGUAGAGUUGGCGCCUUUAAAAACUGAACCAACCCCAGCCCGCCUCCCUGCAGAGGGAAAGCCUGCCCCUCCCAAAGCUUGAGGACAAUUUCCAUUUAACCAAAACGGCCCUUAAAAGGGGCCCGACCAACUUGACCGUGGCCCCGAUGAACUCCUGGGUGCCAGGGAUGGAGAAAUUUGGGGAAUGGAAUCUUCUCAAUCUCCUCCGCACUAACUCAAGUUUACAUAGGAAGCCUGAUGCACUGAGCAGACGCUACUAUUCUCCUCACCUUCCGCCCCUGCUAACUUCAAGGAUACUGAAAGGUUAACUUCCUAUUAGUGCACUUCCUGCUGCUUCUCUGGAAAUUUUGCAGAAAAAGCACCUUAACGUUGGCUUUUGGCCCAAAGCUCUGUUUACAGGAUUUCACGAACUCACAGUGACAUCCAGGCAAGGAACCCAGUCUUCCUUGGGAUUCAAGCCUUGAGUUGCUGAGAAUUCGGGAGGGAAGAAAGAGUCACACAGAGAAACACAACCCAAAUCUGAACAGUUAAGACGGUCCAAGACUCCUCGCACAACUGACUUCAGGGGCCCGGGGCCACUUUGGUUUCAGGCAGUUAACAUUCGAGAAGGCCUUGGCCAAGAGAAGAGCGUCAAGAGACCAAGGGCUAACUUUAUCCUUUUCUUUUCUCUGGGUCAUUCAUUCCUCAUCUGGGGAUAUUAAAUACAAAGUAUUUAUUUUAAAU